CGUUUUGAACAUACAAAAAAGCCCAAAACAAACUAACCCGCCGCUUAAACUCGCAAGCCAGUGACCUCUCUCUCUCAGGCCAUGGCUGCUGAACCCUCACCGCGCUCCUCUCAACCUUCAAAGAAAAAGCACAAUAGAAAACGAACUCGACAGGAUGCAGAGCUCGAACGAUUCGACUCACUACCAUGGAACCCCGCUCUCCCUGACGACGACCCCUUCUCUGUUGUCAUCGGCACUAACGAACUCGAAGGAGGGUUUCUUUCGCUUGAAGAGAUCGAUGAAGCCGCGUAUGGUUUAGGAAUUCCUCAAGCUGGGGUGGGAAAUAGGAAGGAGAAGAAAGAUAAGCAGAGUACGAAAUCGAACAAAAGGAAGCCAAGUGAUGUUGAUGGCGAUUCUGGUGCGACUGAAGUUGAAAAGGAAAUGGAAGAGGAGGAGGAGGAGGAGGCUGAAGUUGAUGAGGCAUCAAAGAAGGACGAGAAUUUGAAGACUAAAAAGAAAAAGAAGAAGAAGAAGAAGAACAAAAAGAAGAAGACGGAGAAUGAAAAGGAAAAUGAGAGCCACAAAGGUGAGGAAUUUCCAGCUGUUAGCAAUGGCAAGAAUGAUGUUGAAGAUGAGUUGGUUGAUGAAGCUGAAUAUUAUGCAUGGAAUGAAUUAAGGCUCCAUCCUCUGCUCAUGAAAUCAGUUUACAGGCUUGGGUUCAAGGAACCAACUCCAAUACAGAAAGCUUGUAUUCCUGCAGCUGCUCAUCAAGGGAAGGAUGUUAUUGGUGCUGCGGAGACAGGUUCUGGGAAAACACUCGCUUUUGGGUUGCCCAUUUUACAACGUCUCUUGGAGGAACAAGAGAAGACUGCAAGGAUGUUUGAGCAAAAGGGGGAGGAAGCAGAAAGGAUUGCCCCAAAAAGCUUUUUACGUGCUCUUAUUAUUACUCCUACAAGGGAACUUGCACUUCAGGUUACUGAUCAUCUUAAGGCAGCAGCUAAUGGAAUUGAUGUUAGAGUGGUUCCUAUUGUUGGUGGGAUAUCAACAGAGAAGCAGGAAAGACUGUUAAAGAAAAGGCCUGAGAUUGUUGUUGGAACUCCAGGGAGGUUAUGGGAACUUAUGUCAGGAGGAGAAAAACAUCUUGUUGAGUUACAUUCGUUGUCUUUUUUUGUGUUGGAUGAGGCUGAUCGAAUGAUUGAAAAUGGACAUUUUCGUGAGUUGCAGUCAAUAAUUGACAUGCUUCCUAUGGCCAAUAGCCCAAUUGAAGUUAAUUCUCAAAAUACACAAAAUUGUGCCACAGUUUCAAGCUUCCAGAGGAAGAAGAGACAAACAUUUGUUUUUUCUGCUACCAUAGCACUAUCUGCUGAUUUUCGUAAGAAGUUAAAGCGUGGUUCUCUAAAACCAAAGCAGUCAUUGACUGAUGAGUUGAACUCUAUAGAAAAACUCUCUGAGCGAGCUGGAAUGAGAGCUAAUGUUGCCGUCAUUGAUCUGACGAGUGCAUCAAUUUUGCCACAUAAACUUGAGGACUCUUUUAUUGAAUGCAGGGAAGAAGAUAAAGAUGCCUAUUUGUAUUAUAUUUUGCGUGUUCAUGGACGAGGCCGCACAAUUGUAUUCUGUACAUCAAUCGCAGCUUUGCGCCAUAUUUCCUCUCUUUUGCGCAUUCUUGGCAUUAAUGUUUGGACACUACAUGCUCAGAUGCAGCAGCGUGCUCGGUUGAAGGCAAUGGAUCGUUUUCGUGGAAAUGAACAUGGUAUACUUGUUGCCACUGACGUCGUCGCAAGAGGGAUUGAUAUUCCUGGGGUUCGAACUGUUGUUCACUAUCAGCUUCCACAUUCGGCUGAGGUUUAUGUUCAUAGAAGUGGAAGAACUGCUAGAGCUUCUGCUGAUGGGUGCAGCAUUGCACUAGUCUCAGCAAAUGAAACAUCCAAAUUUGCUUCGUUGUGCAAAUCAUUUUCCAAGGAAAGUUUUCAGAGUUUUCCUUUAGAGCACUCAUACAUGCCAGAGGUCCUAAAACGAUUAUCUCUUGCACGUCAGAUAGACAAAAUUUUGCGGAAAGACUCCAAGGAAAAGGCAAAGAAAAGCUGGCUUGAGCAAAGUGCUGAGUCAGUGGAAUUAGUAAUGGAUGAUUAUGACAGUGAGGAGGAAAAAGUGAACAAUAUCAAGCAAAAGAAAGCCACUUCCGUUCAAUUAAAUAAGUUGCAGCAGGAGCUCAAUAUGCUUCUGUCACAUCCGUUCCAACCAAGAACAUUUUCACAUCGUUAUGUGGCAGGGGCUGGUGUUUCACCUCUCCUACAACAUCAAUUUGAAGAAUUGGCUAGGCAAAAUCGCCCUGAAAGCCAGGGUCUGGGAGAAAACAAAAGAAGGAAAUUGGUGGUUUUUGGUCAGGAUUGUGUGGAACCACUCCAGGCGCUUCGUAGUGCUGGUCAUAAGGUGCAUAUGGAUGGGAAAGAAAUAGCAGAUAAACGAAGAAAUAUGGACAAUCUUAGGAGAAAGAGAAAAGAGGAGAAGAAACGUAUGAAAGAUCAGCGAAGAAAGCAGAGGAAAAGGCAGAAAAUGGGCAGUGAGUAGAGUUUGCGUCUUUGAAAUUGAUACAAGAUCACAUCAAAAAACAGAACUAGUUUUAGGCAUAAGUUAAGAGGCUUUAUUUUAAAGUUCGAUUCAUUCAAAGAUGUGUAUCAAUUUAGUUUUAACAUUAAGUUAUACACAUAAAAGUCCAAGUUGAAAAGUAAAAAGUAAAAAGAGGCGUGACUUAGACAAUAUAUACAUGUAUUUAAGGUUGCAUCUUGCUGAGUGUUUUAUCAGCGCUGAAUGAAAUGUGUGAAAGGUGUAAUCCAGAUAGAUUAUGCAGCAUGUCUGAAAGGGGGCAUUGCCCUCAAUGUUUUCUACAUCCA